CCCUUGCUCAGCCAAAAAAAAAAAGUUCUCCCGCUUCUUUACCUUUCUCUCAGGCAAUGCCAAUGCCCGCAUUAACUGCAUCAACUAUGACUGUUAUGAGUUGCAUUACUGUUAAGUCCACACUAGUUUAAAUACCAAAACUGUCAUAUCGAUCCGCGAAUCCCGGGGAAAAUGGCCUCUGUCGACGACAUCCAGGUCGGUGACCUCGUCAACGUGCCCGGCGGCAUGUAUGGGACGGUGAAAUUCGUCGGUACCGUGGCAGGAAAAUCCGGACGCUUUGCGGGCGUUGAGCUGGCGCCAGAACACGCGGGCAGAGGGAAAAACAGCGGCGACGUCGAAGGCCGAUACUACUUCAGCACUUCCGUUCCAGGCUCCGGUAUUUUUGUGCCUAUGAAUGGCAAAUAUGUCACCCCACGGCCGGCCGGGACGCCCGCAAAAGCUGUCACUACCAACUUCAGUCGUUCCGUCGGUCCUGGAGUGGUUAACCCUACGGCAUCCCUGAAUAGACCAAAAUUCAGGCGACCCUCCUUGCCCCGUCCAGAGUCACCUAGAGCUCCCGUGGCAACGUCACCACCCAAAUUAAGCCUCAGUGGACUGCGAACACCCUCUGGGUUCUCUAAACCUACCCCGACGAAUGGAGUACCUCGAACACCGCAUAGGGCUAUGCGGCCUUCCAGUCGUCCCCCGUCGAGAAUUAGCGUCGAGAGCAAUACUCCAUCGAUUGCGAGACGAAGCGAAUUGGCGCGAACCCCGGCAUUUGACGAUCAAGAGCUGAUGGAGCGGAUAAGAUACUUAGAGCAGCAACUGCAGGACCGCGAUAGACAACUGGAAGACCAGGCUACGACCCUGGCCGAGUUUCAAAAGAGUAUCACAGAGCUUGAAGGCUUAGAUGCGCUGCAAGUGCGCGCACAACUUCGCGAAAAGAACGAUAAAAUCGCUGCUCUUACAGCUGAGUUCGACAGCCAUAGAGCAGAUUUCAGAAGCACUUUAGAUACUCUCGAAGUUGCCGCUUCAGAGACGGAGAGAGUAUAUGAAAAGCGAAUUGAAGAGUUAAUGCAAGCAAACCGCGAACUCCAAGCUCGUGGCGAAGAUGUGGAGACCGUAGCCAGACAACUCAAACAGCUUGAAGAGCUUGUUUCCGAGCUAGAAGAAGGGCUUGAAGACGCUCGCAGAGGCGAAGCUGAGGCUAGAGGGGAGGUAGAGUUCCUUCGAGGCGAGGUCGAACGAACCAGACUCGAGUUGAAACAAGAGAAAGAGAAAUCCAUUGCGGUCUUAAAAGAAGCGAGUGCGUCACCGGAUGGGAUCCAUCGCCCUCUUUCAAGAGAGAUUGACCAAAAAGAUGACGAAAUACGAGGCCUUAAGGCCAUAAUCCAUUCACUUAGCCGUGGUGACCCUGCUAAUCAUGCCUUGCUUCAACAGAACGGAAUGUCGCAUGGAACCAGAAGGGCGGCCGACCACGAAAAUGAUCUCGCUUCCCAACUUGAAAGCCGCAUCCGGGAGCUAGAAGCCCAUUCUGAACACAAAUCAUAUAGAAUCGAGGAAUUGGAGCAUGAACUGGAAAGAUACCAGCUCAGUGACUAUCAACCAAACCGCGAUCGAAGUGGCACGAUCACAGCGAGUCCGCUGAAUAUACAAAAGAAUCAGACCUCGGCUGAAAAUACGGCUGGGCCGACCUCCUCUAAUCAUACGCAUACCCUUUCUGAUCGCACUGUCGUCCCUAACGACUGGCGUGAGUCUUCCUCGGCCAACAACAGCGGCCAAUAUUUUUCACCAACUCAUUCCGAUGAUCCUCACCGAUUGCCUACCAUGCAUGAAUCCGACAACCACUCAUCGAGCACAGACGAAGAAAGUGCCGGUUGGUGCGAGAUUUGUGAAACCAGCGGGCAUGAUAUCCUCACUUGCACCAGCAUGUUUAGCUCAUCCGGAAACACUGGAGGCAAGAAUGACGAACUUGUCCAAAAUCAUCCUAAUAACUUGACGGAUGAGCGCCCCUCAAGUAGCAACGCCGUAGACUCUAGCAUCCCGGCGUCAAGCUUUGACAGCAGCGUCGGGCACACAAAUGAUAGUAGCCCAAGCUCACGGCGAACGGGGCGAGAUGUCGUCCUUGGGGGACUAAAGGGUAUAGGGGGGUUGCCAUCUUCAAUGGCUCCAGUGGCGGGAAAAGCGUCCGGGGUCAUCGAUGAGUCUAAGUGGUGUGCAUUGUGUGAGCGGGAUGGACACGAAAGCAUUGACUGCCCUUUUGACGACUAAACAUUGCAUCAUGAACCCAAUAUUGUCUGCUUUUCUCAGGCUAUACAGGCUUUUAA